AUGGGGAGUGUUGUCUUCCUGUACCUGUCUGCCUUACACAUUAUUUCAACAGUUGAUGGCGAUUCUUCCGUGAAAGUGACUCAAAUCCCCGACCAUGUGGCUGCCAUCAGAGGAACAAAUGUUACCUUCCGCUGUAUCUUCCCCUUCUCUCAAGACGGUUCAGAAGUGGAGGUGCAGUGGAAUAAGAAGGGUGAGAGUGGCUAUUUGGAUACAAAGGAGGAUAACAGGAAACUAUUUGGUGUAAAAACUAAAGGAAGCAGCUUCUUCCAGUUCUUGAAUGUGAUUUCACAGGACUCUGGAGUCUAUCGCUGUGUAGUGGUCCGUCAGGGAUCAAUAAUCGGAACAGGAUCUGGAUCGCGAUUAACUGUGUGCGUUCCCCCAACUCCACUGAAGAUUUUCUCUAGGAAUUCACCUAAGCCUCAGACUCUUGUGUGUGAAACUGCUUUGUUUCACCCAAAGGAAAUCACCUUCACUUGGUAUAAAGAUGGCACCGAAAUUGUGCCAACACCAGAAAUAAAGCUGGAAGAGUCAGGUUCCACUGAGAAGCAGAACUCAGAGGAUCUCUAUAAGGCCUCGAGCUCUAUUGAAGUCACACAGUCUGGCCAGAAUGGGUCUGUUUAUACCUGUCUGGUGUCUCACGUCAGCCUCAAGACUUCAGCUAUUGCCACCUUCGCUUUCCCAAAAUCUAAAGUUGCUGGCGAUUCAUCGUUGAAAGUGACUCAAAUCCCCGACCAUGUGGCUGUCAUCAGAGGGACAAAUGUCACCUUCCACUGUAUCUUUCGCUUCCCUCAAGAUGGUUCAGGAGUGAAGGUGCAGUGGCAUAAGGAGGGUGAGAGCGGCUAUUUGGAUACAAAGGAGGAUCGCAGGAAACUAUUUGGUGUAAAAACUAAAGGAAGCGGCUUCUGCCAGUUCCUGAAUGAAAUCACCCUCACUUGGUAUAAAGAUGGCACCAAAAUUGUGCCAACACCAGAAAUAAAGCUGGAAGAGUCAGGUUCCACUGAGAAGCAGAACUCAGAGGAUCUCUGGAAGGCCUCGAGCUCUAUCGAAGACACACAGCCUGGCCAGAAUGGGUCUGUUUAUACCUGUCUGGUGUCUCACGUCAGCCUCAAGACUUCAGCUUUUGCCACCUUCGCUUUCCCAAAAUCUAAAGGAUCAAAGGGAAACCUGACUCAAUUGGGCAAUCCUGAAGAUCAGGCGGGGGAGGCAGCAGCGGGUGACAACGUGGCUUAUGUAACAUUGGAUUUGAGAAGUUCCAAUAAAACUCCAAGAACUAAACAUCAGGAAGACAGGACAGUAUACGCCCAGACCAAGCGAGGAGCAGCCGCUAACAAGCUGACAUACGCUGCUCUGGAUUUGCCUCGCUCCAAAAAUACAGGAAAAGCUAAACACAGCGACAAGAAUUCAGAGUAUUCCGAGGUAAAGACCAGAAACUACGAAGAUGGCACUUUCAUGGAGUCAGGAACCGCAUAAUGUCACAAUAAUAGA